AAUGGGUGCUCUAAAGUUUCCUUCUUUCACUAUCUGAUUCUGGGUUUCUUUUGUUUUAGUAAAUUCAUUACUUUGAUUCUUGAGAUUUGAGUAAAAAACCUGAAAAAAUGGCUCCGGGUUUCGAUUUCUCGAACUGGUGGCUGAAGGAGACGAAGAAAAGGACGCCGGUGGUAGUGAAAAUGGAGAACCCGAACUACUCGGUGGUAGAAAUCGACGGUCCCGAUGCUGCAUUCCAGCCGGCGGAGAAAAGCCGAGGCAAAAACGCGAAGCAAGUGACUUGGGUUUUGCUCCUCAAGGCUCACCGUGCUGUCGGCUGUGUAGUGUGGAUCGCUUCUUUCUUCUGGGCAUUGCUCGGAAUCAUCAAGAAAAGGCUGAUCUUUAGGGAAGAUGUUGCAAUGGCGAGUGAAAAAAUGGGGAAAGGGAAGCUUCUCUUCACUGUCAUCAAACUCUUCCUAAUAACUUCCCUUACAAUUCUGGGUUUCGAACUCGUUGCUUACAUCAAUGGAUGGCAUUAUUUCAAGAAUCCGGGUUUGCGUAUUCCGAGGAACAGUGAUGUCCAGGGGCUGCUCCACUUGGUUUAUUUCACUUGGUUGUCGGUUCGAGCCCAUUACAUUGCACCGGUUAUUCAAGCUUUGUCGAAAUUCUGUGUUGCUCUGUUCCUCAUCCAAUCUGCAGAUCGUAUGAUGCUUUGCUUAGGCUGCUUUUGGAUCAAAUACAAGAAGAUUAAACCUCGAAUCGAGGGGGAUCCGUUUGAGUCCGACGAUGUCGAACGAUCCGCCGAUUUGUAUCCCCUGGUUCUUGUUCAAAUCCCAAUGUGUAACGAGAGAGAGGUAUAUGAGCAGUCUAUCUCUGCUGUCUGCCAACUCGAUUGGCCGAAGGAUCGGUUAUUGAUUCAGGUUCUUGAUGAUUCCGACGAUGAAAGCAUCCGGUGUUUAAUUAAAGAAGAGGUUGCUAAAUGGAGCCAAAAGGCUGUCAAUAUAGUUUAUCGGCAUCGGUUGAUAAGAACCGGUUACAAGGCUGGGAAUCUUAAGUCUGCAAUGAGUUGCGAGUACGUGCAGGCCUACGAGUUUGUGGCGAUAUUCGAUGCUGAUUUUCAACCUAACCCGGAUUUUCUAAAGCAAACCGUGCCACAUUUCAAGGACAAUCCUGAGUUGGGGUUAGUUCAGGCUAGAUGGAGUUUCGUCAACAAGGACGAGAAUUUGUUGACUCGUCUCCAAAACAUUAACUUAUGUUUCCACUUCGAAGUCGAACAGCAAGUUAAUGGAGUUUUUCUAAAUUUCUUUGGUUUCAAUGGAACUGCUGGAGUUUGGAGAAUUAAAGCUCUCGAGGAAUCCGGAGGCUGGCUUGAAAGGACAACCGUAGAAGACAUGGACAUAGCUGUUCGAGCACAUCUCAAUGGUUGGAAAUUCAUCUUCCUUAAUGAUGUAAAGGUCCUUUGUGAAGUCCCCGAGUUGUAUGAAGCAUACAGGAAGCAGCAACAUCGCUGGCAUUCGGGGCCUAUGCACCUCUUCCGCUUAUGUCUUCCAGCGAUCAUAACUUCCAAGAUAGCGAUAUGGAAGAAAGCAAAUUUAAUACUGCUAUUCUUUUUGUUGAGGAAACUUAUCCUCCCGUUCUACUCCUUCACAUUGUUCUGCAUAAUGCUUCCUCUAACCAUGUUCGUACCGGAGGCCGAGCUUCCGGUUUGGGUUAUUUGUUAUGUACCUGUUUUUAUGUCAUUCCUCAACAUUCUUCCUGCCCCGAAAUCAUUCCCUUUCAUUGUUCCUUACCUUCUAUUCGAAAACACCAUGUCCGUUACCAAAUUCAACGCAAUGGUAUCGGGACUAUUCCAGUUGGGUAGCUCCUAUGAGUGGGUUGUGACCAAAAAAGCGGGAAGGUCAUCGGAAUCCGACUUACUGGAUUCUGCCGAGAGGGAAUCAAAGACAAUGAACCAACUGCAAAUCCAGAGAGGGGCUUCGGAAAGUGAGCUCGCUGAAUUAAACCGAUUGAAGGAACAGAAAGAGGCGGGCCCUCUACCUGUUAAGAAGGUCAAUAAGAUAUACAGGAAAGAGCUCACUCUCGCAUUCCUCCUACUUACAGCUUCGGUUAGGAGCCUGUUAGCAGCACAGGGAGUACAUUUUUACUUCCUCCUCUUUCAGGGCGUGACUUUUCUCCUAGUCGGUCUAGAUUUAAUCGGAGAGCAGAUGAGCUAGAGAGAACAGAAGGUGCUAAAACUCGGCCAAUAUUCUUCGCAUCCACCGACAAAAGCCGGUUUCUGUCUGUGCAGUUCUCGGCAAACGGUAAAGGGUACAUUUCGUCAACAACUCUACUUUAUCUACAUUUUUUUUCACAUUGGAUUGUGUUUAUUGCAUUCCUAGGGGUUGAACCAUUUGUUGUCAUUGUUGUUAUAGACACUUAUAGGUAGGAUUUGUACUUCUCCCUCUGAUUCUUGAUUUGUGUGUGGUUUGGCAAUAAAGAUUCAGGCCAUGUUGCAUUUGUGAUGC